AAAUGGUAGUUAGUUUUCAUGUUUCCGAAAAGCCGACAAAGCCGUACAACAAAUGAUUUCGUUUUAGACUAAAAUAAAAUUCUUAUUAGAUUCAAUUUUUGUUUUAAAGUUACAUAUAUUAGAAUGAAAGUUAAAAUAUUGUUUGGUAUAUUGUUGGUGCACAUUGUUUUAGCUCAAGCAAAGGUUAAACAGAAAAGUGUGUUAGUUGAUGAUGUUAGUGAUUUUAAAGAAUUAAAAAAGAUUUUUCGCACCAAGAACAAUGUUAUGAUCCUUUUUGCAUCAAAUACAAAACUGGCGCAUAAUACCAUCAAGACUUUGGAUGAAGCGGCGCAAGCCGUAAAAGGAGAAGCUACAGCUGUGUUUAUCGACUGUUCUUUGAGUGCGGACACAAAGAAACUUUGUAAGAAAAUGAAAGUUUCACCGAACCCGGUGGUUAUGAAACAUUUCAAAGAAGGAGAGUUUCAUAAAGAUUAUGAUCGUAAAGUAACGGUUUCAAGUUUAGUUAAUUUUUUGCGAGAUCCAUCUGCUGAUUUGCCAUGGGAAGAAGAUAAUUCGGGUGCUGAUGUUUUGCAUCUCAAUGACUCUGAUAUGCUGAUUAAAUUACUGAAAAAAGAACUUCGACCAAUUUUGAUAAUGUUUUAUGCGCCCUGGUGCGGUUACUGUAAAAAAUUAAAACCCGAUUACUCAGCAGCUGCAACUGAAUUGAAGCCCCAUUAUGUAUUGGCCGCGAUUGAUGUGAAUAGACCGGAAAAUUCAAAAGUGCGAAAAAUAUUUAACAUAACAGGUUUUCCAACAAUAAUUUAUUUCGAAAAUGGAGCUCAAAAAUAUGUUUAUGAAGGCGAAAAUAAUAAGGAAGCUAUAGUGUCUUUUAUGAAAAAUCCGAAUCAACCACCUGUCGCAAAACCAAAAGAAGAAGAAUGGGCAUCAGAUCCAGACUCGGAAAUAGUACAUCUCAUGUCUAGUAAUUUUGAUUCAGUGCUUGUUGACGAAAAAUCUGCACUAGUAAUGUUUCAUGCGCCAUGGUGUGGUCAUUGCAAGCGCAUGAAACCUGAGUAUGAAAAAGCGGCUGUUCUGAUGAGAGAACAAAAAUUGCCAGGCAUUUUGGCAGCAAUUGAUGCGACAAAGGAAAAAGAAAUUGGUGCAAGAUUUAAUGUUAAGGGAUAUCCGACUCUUAAAUUCUUUUCAAAUGCUGAAUUUAAGUUUGACGUAAAUGUUCGUGAGGCAAACAAAAUAAUUGAAUUUAUGAAAAAUCCGUCCGAACCCCCAGCACCACCGCCUCCAGAAAAACAAUGGCAAGAUGAAGAAACGAGUGUAGUUCAUUUGGAUGAAAACAAUUUUAAGGUUUAUUUAAAAAAGAAAAAACACGCGCUCGUCAUGUUUUAUGCGCCGUGGUGUGGACAUUGUAAGCGGGCCAAACCAGAAUUUAAUAAAGCGGCUGAAUAUUUUAAGGACGAACCACGCGUUGGAUUGGCUGCGAUAGAUUGCACAAAACAUAACGCAAUUUGCUCCUUACAUUCGGUCAAAGGAUUUCCCACUAUCAAAUAUUUUAGUUACUUAAAAACAGUUCGUGAAUAUAAUGGAGGUAGAAAUGUUGAAGAUUUUAAGAAAUUCUUGACUGAUCCCGAUCAAUCGAAAACGAAUCGCAUCGAAAACAAAGAUGAAUUGUAGAAAUAAAUAUCAUUUUGAGAUUAAAAAGGUUGUACAGUAUAAUGAUUUUUUAAGAAGUAUUGUAUUUUUUUAGUAAUUUCAAAUCUAAAAACUGGAAGAAAAAACAAAAUAAAAUUAUUAAUACAACAAAA